GGGUCAGCAGCACCUGUGCGCGCUUUAAUGUGGUGUUUGGUUGUGUUUGCAGAGCUGUUGCAACCAUUGGAGGGAAGGAAACACAUCCCACUGCACCUCGGGAAGGGGCCUCUCCUGGCCAUGUCUCCUGCAGCUGCUGCUGAGCCAGAUGGGGUCCAGCGAGACAGGCACAUCAGCAAGCUCAUUUUCUUCCUUUCUGUCUUGGGUGCCAUCCUCUUGUGUGUGGGAGUCCUGCUCUCCAUCUUUGGGUUCCAGGCAUGCCAGCACAACACCCUCCGAGACUGCAGCAUGGUGCUGAAGGUCGCUGGGCCUGCGUGUGCCGCGGUUGGCCUGGGGGCUGUGAUCCUGGCCCGCUCCCGGGCACAACUUCAGCUCCGUGAGGGGCGGCGGCGAGGUGACAGGGCAGACCCCAACCGAGCCUUCCUCUGUGGACAGAGCCGCCAGUUUGCCCAGUACGUCAUCUUUGGGUUUCUGUUCUUGACGAGCGGCAUGCUUGUCAGCAUCCUGGGCAUUUGGGUCCCUGGAUGUGGCUCAGACUGGGCGCCAGAACCACUGAACAAGACGGACACCACCGCCAUGGAGCCCCCCAUGUGCGGGUUCCUGUCCCUGCAGAUCAUGGGACCGCUGAUUGUACUUGUGGGAUUGUGUUUCUUCGUGAUUGCCCAUGUUAAGAAGAGAAACAACUUGACUGCGGGCCAGGAUGCCUCCGAAUGUGAAGAGAGACAGACCCCGAACACAGAGCCCGUCCAGGUCACUGUAGGUGAUGCUGUGAUAAUCUUCCCGGCCCCUCCACCACCUUACUUUCCUGAGUCGUCGGCCUCUGCAGUAACUCAAAGUCCCAGGCCUAACGGUUUGCUUCCCAGUGAAAACCCACCUUCCUACGACAGUAUUUUUAACUAUGGCAGGACCCCAGCUCCAGAGGGCCAAGGCGCGGCCUCGGAGGGAGACUGUGCACCUGUCUAUACGAUUUCUGGGACCACCUCCUCCUCUGGGAUCCCACACACUCCAUGUCUCUCCUCUGAAUCGCCGCCCAGAUAUGAAGAGAAAGAAACCGCGGCAGCCGCAUCUUUGUCUCCAUCCUCUGAGCCUUCCCCACCGUGAACUGUGGGCUCCAGCUCAAUUUUAUAUAGAAUUGUUCACUUUUUUAUAUAACUUGUUUUUUAAUAAAAAAUCCAAUGGCA